AUGAUUAGCGGACACGCACCAUCGCUAAUUGCUCUGACGAGGCAUGAUCUCGUGGCAUGGUCGAAAUUCCGCCGGGACCCAAUUUACACCCGCGCAUUGCAACAGAAGCCGUCGAAAGAAACAGCCUCCUGUGUUCGUCCCGUCACACUGAUACAGAGAGAGAUUAACGGAAUCACCCUUUUUUCCCACAAUCUACGACUCUGUAUAGGUAUUAUCCGGCAGGAAUCCGUACCACUCCAGAUUCGUGGGGUGAUGCCUUUAAGUAUCAAAUUCGCAACUUAA